AACCAACCUAGGAUUCAUGGCACACAAUGGCACAGUGGUGGUGACAGAUUUCAUUUUGUUGGGAUUCCAGCUGCCACCAGAAUUGCAGCCACCUCUCCUUCCUGGACAUCUGCUACUCUUCUGCUAUUGUCCCUCAGUUGCUUGAGACCUUGGACAGAGAUACAAUGGUCAUCUCCUACGAGCGCUGUGCCACCCAGUUCUUCUUCUUCACGCUCUAUGCCAGUACAGAGUGCUUCCUGUUGGCUGUGAUGGCCUAUGAUCGGUAUGUGGCUGUGUGCAACCCCCUCCUCUAUGCCACUGCCAUGACACCACAGACUCGCCUGUGGCUGGUGUCUGGUGCCUACGGUGGAGCCCUGGUGAAUUCUGUGAUCCGCACUGGGUGUACCUUCUCGCUCUCCUUCUGUAAGUCCAACCGUGUGGACUUCUUCUUUUGUGACCUUCCACCCCUUCUGAAGCUUGCCUGCAGUGAGACUAAGGCAAGGGAACAGGUGAUCUACCUCUUGGCUUUCUUUGUCAUUUCAACCAGCGUUUCAGUGAUUCUUAUAUCGUACUCAUUCAUCAUCCGGGCUAUUCUGAAGAUUCGCACAGCAGGUGGCAAAGCUAAGACCUUCUCGACCUGUGCUUCUCACAUGACUGCAGUGGCUCUUUUCUUUGGAACUCUCAUAUUCAUGUACCUGAAAGGUAACAUGGGCAAAUCUCUGGGAGAGGACAAGAUUGUGUCAGUAUUUUACACUGUGAUCAUCCCUAUGCUGAAUCCAAUGAUCUACAGCUUGAGAAACAAGGAAGUGAAGGAGGCUCUGAAGAAAGCUCUAAACAGAAUGAGGGUUUCCCAUGGAGAGUAAGACUAUUCAAUGAUUCUUCCAGCUAUUCAAUGAUUCUUCCAACUAUUCAGUGACUCCAAUUAUUCAGUGAUUCUUCCAAACCAUCCUCAUUUUUGACCUUGUUCCUCAACAUAUGAUCCAGAUCAUAGUGACAAAGACAUACGGAGGUAGAAAAAUGUCUCCUUUGACCCCCACAAUGUCUGUAUUUACUUUACGACCUUGAGUCAGAAAUUUUUGCUUCAGUUUUCACAUGAGCAAAAAUGUCUGCCUUACAAUUAUGGAUCAAGAGAGAUGGGAUCCCAAAGGGUUUUGAUGAACAACCACAUGGUAUAAAAUGUAGUUCAUUUUCCUCACCUGUAUUAAGUAUUCUUGUUUAUUGUUUCAGCUAAUUGAAUUUGCUUUCUAUGAAACAAAGUUUUUGCACUUCAAAUAACUGCAAAGUGGAAGCUUAUUGUUUACAUGAGAAAGGCAGUCACAUUCUAUGGUUGUGUGUAGUGAGGUUAGAAAUAAAUCUUGACUGUAGGAAAUAUUCCUCAACAUUUUGUUGAAACAUUUCUCAUGAAACAAUGUACAUGGCUAAGCAGAGGAAUAAAACAAAGAGGGGGAAAGAGGAUAUGAACCAGGAAGCAUUCAACUAAGAUAUGUUAAUCUAUAUCCCCAAGUAGCUGAAAGAAUCAACACAGGAUAGAAUGAUGGAAAGAUGUAAUGAUUUGUAUUGGAAGCAAUUUGAUUUAUGUAGUGCUGAAAUGAAUCAGAUAUAUAUUUCUUGCUCACUAAAAGUUUGAAGUGCUAUUUUACGUCUGAAGCAUUAUUCGUAGGCCAUCUCUCUUGAUUAACUUGAGCUACUUUCUAUUCUCUGGUAAUGAAAACCACUGAUUACACUCAU